GUCCCGACACGCGCACCAUCGGCGGGAGCAUCAGCGGUAGAGGAGGCCGUCGCCCUGCGCCCGAGGCCGAGAUCUUCUUCUUUUCUGCCUCGCUUAGUUUCGGCGCUUUGGCUGUCGGAGGUCGCUGCGUGCUCCGUCGGGAGGUCUUGUUGCGGAGUUGUGGAAUGUGGUUGUCGAGUUUGCGUCUGUGCGUGUAGCCUGUCGUCGUCCCUGUGCGUGCUUUCUGUCGUGCUUUUUGUGCGUGCGUUGGGCAGAAUUUCGUGCUCGCGAAGCGUUGGUCUCCCGAGGAUGGUGUGAGGAUUGGUCUGUGAGGGAAGCAGCGGUGGUGGUUUAGGGCACGAGUGUGUUCAUCGUUCUUGGAUGCUGGUGGACUCGCUUGAGGUGGGUGCUCAUCUUUCUCUUCUUCUUGGAGGUGCUGGCGGUGGUGUCUGCGCGUCGAUUGUGCGUCUUUUGCGAGGAGUUUCUCAAAGCGGAGAUUGAGGCGCUCUUUUUUCCACCGUCAACCACACACCUUUCUUCCUUCCGAACCGGAAGCGUUUCCAUCUCAUUCCAUCGAAGUGGUGGUCACUGGUCUUCUAAGUUCUCCUGAAUGGAGGAGAUGGUCCAGACGAGUUAGGUUUCUCAAGUGUAACCUCGGAGAAGUAGAGGAUUUGUUAUUGAGCUCAAUGUUCGCCGGAGUGUAGAAAUUCGACCAUAUUUUGCUGCUGAAAAUGGCGGUCAUGUCAUAAUUGCUAUUUCCUGCACUUGGCAAGAAACAAUUACUCCUCUUUUUCGACCUUUCUUCGACUUUUCUGUGUACUUGAAAUUGGGAGGUUGACAAGUCCGACCAUUGACGAGAGUCCACGAUAAGUGAAAAAAUUUUCCAGUAUCGUACAAUCUGCCCACAGUGAGAAACAGCUAAAGACCUAGAGAAUAUUUAAUUUAGAACUCAGCUGUUGUGAAAGCAAGUUUUCGAGUCUUGCUGCAAUAAUUGGCAGUUUGUCGAGUUGUAAGAGGCGAGGUUAGAAGAAGCCCGUCGGGCGAGCUGAACCUCAAGGCAGCUAGCCAGCUUAUGGCCUUGGGCUGUCAUGAGGCGAGUAAAACUGCCUACGGUGCGGCGGAUGCUGCGUGGAAUGACACAGGAUCAGUUCCCCCUCCUCCUCCUUCUUCCUCUCUCGGCGUGCCUCCUUUUUCUUAUCAAUCAAUUGGUGUGACUCGGGGAAGGCAAAACAAAGGUGGUGGAAAUUCAGCUUCGCCUGGUGCCUCUGGGUCGAAAAACAGCAAGGAUCUAGCCUUGUCCCUCGCAGUUGCUGCCGCGAGAUGUGUCCUCUUGGAGCUACCUCCAGCAUUGAUUCUGGAAAUUUUUACGCAUUUGGACGCUCGUGAACUCGCGGUUGUUUCUUGCGUUUGCACUGUAUUCAAGCGACUAUCAUCCGACAGUCAUGGCUGGAAGGACUUCUACUGCGAAAGAUGGGGCCUCCCAGCUCCAUCCAGCAGGGGCGGAGCAUACUUGGCCCUUCCGGGAAAGCAUUGGCGCGAGCUCUACAUGGCAAGAGAGGCUACCAGCAAGGCAAUGAUGGGCAGGUUCACUAUGGACAUGCUUCAUGGUCACACCUCCGGCGUCCGCUGCGUUCGCAUUCUCCCUGCGGCCAAUCUCAUAUGUAGUGUUGGCUAUGAUCAGACCGUCCGGCUGUGGAAUAUGGAGGAAGGCCUCCCUGUCAGCUGCUCCAGGUCAUUGGGAGACACCCUGCGGGCUAUCGCCGUGGACUCAAAUUUACUAGCAGUGGCAGGCACCGAGUCCGUGGUAAGGUUGUGGCACGCAAACCCGGAGAAUCCAUAUCUUUUUGAUGUAGCAGGCAAUCCGGCUUAUCCAAAUACCAGGGGCAAUGAGACACUUCUGUAUGGGCAUACCGGUCCCCUGACUUGCCUUGCUCUGGAUGGUUCCAAUAUCUACAGUGGUGGAUGGGACAUGUCUAUCAAAGUGUGGGAUCGCUCGAGAUUGAAAUGUACUCAAACUUGGAGGCACAGGGAUUGGGUCUGGGCCCUUGUACAACAAGGUAGACGAGUGUUCAGUACUGCAGGCAGUGAUGUAUAUACCUGGGACGUAGAGACAGGGAAGUUGUUGAGGUUGCGCACAGGAGUGCACUCGGGACAGGCCUAUGCUGUUCAAGGCACCAGGUCGGGUCACAUUGUCUUUACAGGAGGGGAAGAUGGAGGAGUACGGAUGUUUGAUGAUAGAAUCUCCAAACGGCGCUCCGCGUUGACUGAUUUCAGUGACGAUUGCAACGAUGGCGUGAAGGAAGCAAUCGCUUCCUGGACCCCUCACAGCUCCGCAGUGUACUCACUGGCAUUCGAGGAUCCUUGGCUCGUUACUGCCUCAGGUGAUGGUUCUCUGGCAAUGAUGGACGUCCGUCAAAUUAUGAAGAGGGCUGCUGGCACUGGCAAGCAUACCUCUCUGGUCGGGGCCAGCGCUCGUUGGCGAAGAUCGGGCCAUUACAUCGUGUCAAAAGAGGGUGAAACGGCUCAGAGGUGGCUUUCCGGUUUCCACAAAAGUGCUUGCACUGUAGAUAUAGGAGGAGAUCGUGUCGUUAGUGCAGGAGAGGAGAAGACUGUGCGUAUUUGGGAUUUUUCUCAGGCCUUAGAAAUUGAAAGAAGGGUGCAGGCUUCUCGAAGCAACCAAUUUGAGCACCGUAUGAGGCGAAAGAAUGUUUCGUCUACAGUUGAACAAAAGGGUAAGCAUGCCGAACUGACUACUAACGGAAGUAGGAAGAAUGGUUCUCACAGGUCAGGCAAGGAUGGACACAAUGGCAAGGAGAAGGGUCAAAAAGUGAAAGACCAUCGUCCAGUUUUGGCCAUGGGACGGAGUGGCACUAAAAGCCAGUCCCAUAGAGGACCGGUGGAAGAGAUUAACAGGACAAGGGCAAGAUAUGUGGACUCUGUGUCAGUUCCUUCCUGAUUCUCCCCUACAACAGCCUGGACCAAAGCGAUGACUUCCAAAGUUGGGGAGUGGUAAUGUGGCAUGGUCUGUUACCUUUUAGUUAUAGAUUGGCCUGCGUUGGAAAUAGUGUCCAUCCCAAGUCCGAAUGCUGGCCCCAAGUCAGCUUGUGAUCAGCUUCUUGUAACUGCUUCAUCACUGGCACACAGGAGACUGGUAAUAUACCAGUAUUGCAUAAGCACACAGAACUUUGUUCGAGAUCAUGAUCUUCAGUAAGUUCUUGGAUGUUCGCAGGUUUGAGUUGAAAGCUUGUCAUGAAGUUUAGGUGAGCCCCUCGUGCAGUGAAUGUGGCCAAGGUUAAUGCAAAACUUCAAUCGCCCUACUGAUAUCUGUUCUCCCUUUACCACUUCAUCUGAAAGGUACUGUAUUUAUUACACUUCUCGCAGAUAGAACCGUUCUUAAGAACGUGAUACAAGAAGGUUAUCUGACCUCGAUCCUUACCUACCGCUGGAUAUCCGGUCUCCAUUGCAGGCUUUACAACAAUUCUCAUCACAUUGAAUUCUCAACGAGGAUUUGCGAAAUAAGUGCGGAAUUUAGUCAGCAAAUUGUGUGAUAUACAUCACCUGAACAUUUGUUUGGUCAUGUUAGUUGAGAAGUCAUGCUUUCUUUGCUAAAUCCUGGAUGAUCGAUCGAUUUGCUUAGACGAGUUCUGAUAUUAGCCAGUUAUUUAUUGCUGGAGAUGCUUCUAAUUAUGAUUUUAUAGCAUUAGCAUUAGAUGUCUGGGCAUGCCAUUUUGCUGUUGGUGUGGCUGAAUGUUAAACUUGCAUUGCUAAAGAUGUACUUGAAACUAAAAAAGUAUUGUGUGCAUUGAGUGG